AUGGCCGAAAACAGUGAUAUCAACACUGUUCUCAGCAACUCGCUGUCCCCAGACGCGGCUACGCGAACUGGUGCCGAACAACAGCUUACACAAGCUGCUGAGAACAACUUCCCUCUGUAUUUAGCGACCCUAGUACAGUCACUAGCAGACGAAAAUGCCGAAGGCAAUAUCCGAGUCGCUGCGGGUCUCGCCUUGAAGAACGCUUUUUCUGCCCGCGAAUACGCUCGCCAGCACGAAUUCCAAGCCAAAUGGCUCCAACACACAGAUCAAGAGACCAAGACCCGUGUUAAGGAACUAGCCAUUCAGACCCUCUCUUCCAACAACGCGCAAGCUGGCCAGGCAGCCGCCCAAGUCAUCGCCUCUAUCGCUGUCAUCGAACUUCCUAGAAGUCAAUGGCCUGACCUCCUACAGGUCUUGGUUCAAAAUGUUAGCUCGGGUGCGCCUCAUCAGAAGCAGGCCUCGUUGACUUGUAUAGGCUACAUUUGCGAAAGCCAAGACACUGAUCUGCGAAGCGCCCUAAUCGGACAUUCCAAUGCUAUUCUCACGGCUGUCGUUCAAGGUGCACGCAAGGAAGAGACGAACCUCGAAGUACGCCUUUCCGCUAUUUCCGCGCUUGGUGAUUCCCUCGAGUUCGUUGGCAACAACUUUAAGCAUGAGGGCGAGAGAAAUUACAUUAUGCAGGUUGUUUGCGAGGCUACCCAGGCCGAGGAUGCGCGAAUCCAGCAGGGUGCCUUUGGCUGCCUUAACCGCAUAAUGGCUCUUUACUACGAGAACAUGCGAUACUACAUGGAGAAGGCUCUAUUCGGUCUUACUAUUCUAGGAAUGAAGAACGAUGAUGAGGAUGUUGCGAAGCUCGCCGUUGAAUUCUGGAGUACUGUAUGCGAGGAAGAGAUCAACAUCGAAGAGGAUAAUGUGCAGGUCGACAGUGCCGAUCAGAUGCGUCCAUUUUACAACUUCGCUCGCGUCGCCACUAACGAAGUUGUGCCUGCUCUGCUACAACUCCUAACCAAGCAAGAUGAGGAUGCGACGGACGAGGAAUACAACCUAGCACGUGCCGCCUACCAAUGUCUUCAGCUCUAUGCCCAAGCCGUGGGACCCAACAUUAUCCCACCGGUUAUUCAGUUCGUUGAGCAACACCUCCGAUCUGAAGAUUGGCAUUUCCGUGAAGCUGCGGUAGCUGCUUUCGGGGCAAUUAUGGAGGGACCCGAGGAGAAGGUGCUUGAGCCUAUAGUCAAGCAAGCUCUACCUAUCCUGAUCAGUAUGAUGGAUGACAGCUCUACCUUCGUUAAGGAUUCAACUGCCUACGCCUUGGGCCGCAUUACGGAAGCGUGCUCAACGGCCAUCGAUCCUAACACGCAUCUAGACCCUCUCAUCCGAUCAUUAUUCGCUGGUGUUCACGACGCCAAAAUGGCGGCGUCGUGCUGCUGGGCGUUGAUGAACCUUGCAGAGCGCUUUUCUGGGGAAUUUGAUGCGGUCUCAAACCCUCUCACACCCCAUUUCAACAACAGCGUCCAGACGAUACUCGAGGUAACCGCGGCGCCCAACUCGGAAACUACAGUCCGCACUACGUCCUAUGAAGUUCUCAGUGCGUUUGUCCAGCACGCAGCCACGGAAAGCUUCCCGGCUAUUGCCCAGCUCUCGGAUGUUAUUAUUAAGAGGCUUGAAGAGACUGUUCCCCUACAAAGUCAGGUUGUCAGCAUAGAGGACAAGAUCGCGCUGGAAGAAAUGCAAACAAGCCUCAGCACUGUGCUCCAGUCGAUUAUCCAGCGAUUGGAGAAGGAAAUUUCGCCUCAAGGUGACAGAAUUAUGCAUGCCUCGCUCCAGAUUUUGAACACCGCCGGUGCCAAGUCCAGCGUUCCAGAAUCUAUUUUCGCUACGAUCAGCGGACUGUCGAAUGCUAUGGAAGAAGAUUUCGUCAAGUACAUGGACGCUUUCACACCAUUCCUGUACAAUGCUCUCGCCAACCAAGAAGAGCCCAGUUUAUGCUCUAUGGCUAUUGGCCUAGUAAGCGACAUUACUCGAUCAACGGGCGAGCGUAGUCAACCGUACUGCGAUAACUUCAUGAACUAUCUUUUGAACAAUCUCAGGAGCACGACACUAUCAAACCAGUUCAAGCCUGCUAUCCUCCAGUGUUUCGGCGAUAUCGCCAACGCCAUUGGCGGUCACUUUGAAACUUACCUCUCAGUUGUCGCCCAAGUCCUACAACAGGCCGCAACCGUGACUGCUGCUCCGGAUGGUUCGUACGAACUUUAUGACUACGUCAUCUCUCUACGAGAAGGAAUCAUGGAUGCCUGGGGUGGUAUCAUUGGUGCUAUGAAGAUCAGUGGGAAGACCGCUGCCCUCCAACCAUACGUGCAGUCGAUAUUCCAACUACUACAUAUAAUCUCCCAAGAUAUGAACCGCAGCGAGUCUCUCAUGCGAUCGUCCAUGGGUGUGAUUGGUGACUUAGCUGAUGCAUUCCCCAACGGCGAGCUCGUUGACGCUUUCAGGCAGGACUGGGUCACUGCCAUGAUCAAGGAAACCAAGACAAACCGAGAGUUCCAGUCGCGUACCAUUGAUACAGCUCGAUGGGCCCGGGAACAAGUUAAGAGACAACUUGGUGGAUCCUCGUCUGUCAUGCAACAGACUUGA